AAAAGAAAAAACGUAACAUAACAUAAAUAAAAGCUUAUCAGGAACCACUCCCCUUCCCCAGUUUCGCUUUCACCAAACCCUCCAAAUUAACCUCACAGCCAUCUCUCUCUGUAACGUUUAUAUAUAAUGUAUAUAUACUCAUAUCCAAUUUUUGUCUCUCUCUCUCUCUCACUCUCUUAAUCAUCAUCAUCAGAUAUCAGUGGUGGUGAAACUGAAUUGAUGAUAAACAAAAAUUGAAAAAAAUGAGCGCAAUUUCAAUCUCGAGAAGAUUCAUCCAAACCUCCGACGUCGAUUCCUUCAAUGGCAAUCCAGAAACUUCCAGAACUCCGCCGCUCCUGCAAGCUGCCCCCGUCUUCGACUCCUCCAUGGCCCUCACAAUCCUAGUCCUCCUCACCGCUCUCUUCUUCCUCGCCUUCUUCUCCAUCUACAUCCGCCGCUUCGCCACCGCCACCGCCACCGCCGCCGUGCCUCCUCACCGCAAGUGCGGCGGCGGAGGACUGGACAGCUCGGCCGUUGAUUCGCUGCCGCUAGUUCCGUACGGUGGGGCCGCGAAGCACAGGAUGAUCGAGGAGUGCCCGAUCUGCCUGGGCGAGUUCAGUGAGACGGAGACGGUUAAAAUGAUCCCCUACUGCGGCCACGUGUUCCAUCCCAGCUGUCUCGACACGUGGCUCGCGGCGCACGUGACCUGCCCCCUCUGCCGCUCCGCUGAGCUGUUCAGGCCCAACGAUGAGAUCUGUUUGGACGUCAGCUCCAUUGGUGUCACUGUCAGGAGAGCUUCUAGUUGCUCUCAUCUCGCUAAUCCCACGUCGUUUCGUAGAACCGCUAGUUUUUAAUCCAAACUAUUCUACUAGUUAUUGCGACUGUAAAUCGUCCAUACCUUUUUCAUUUCAAUUUCCAAUUUUUGGUUAGCUUCGCAAAUAGUACUACUAAAUCAUGACAUUUUAAUUUGUCUCGUCAACGAAUGUAAAUCAUCCAAAUUUUUUUAAUUUCUAUUUCUAGAUAAGUUCUACUACAUUCGAAAUAAAGAAAUUUGGUUUA